UUUUCAGUAAUUAUAUCUAGUGUUAGAUUUAUAAGAUACCAUAAUAAUCGCCAAAAUGAAGGACAAGGUGAACAACAUUUCUUCAAACAUUCGAGUAAAAAUCGAAAAUGAACUCAAACGUCGGAUCAUGAUUUUUGAUGGAGGGAUGGGAACUAUGAUUCAAAAACAUAAAUUAACAGAAGAAGAUUUUCGCGGGGAACGAUUUUGUGAUCACCCUCAUUCUUUGAAAGGUAAUAAUGAUCUACUAAGUCUCACAAAACCAAAUUUGAUUUACGAUAUCCAUGUGGAUUACCUCAAAGCUGGUGCUGAUUUUGUAGAAACUAAUACUUUCAGUGGAACGUCAAUUGCACAGUCUGAUUAUAAACUUGAACAUGUUGUUUAUGAAUUAAACAAAGCGUCUGCGAUUUUAGCGAAAAAGGCUACGAAACAUGUUUCUGCGUUGACUGGAAUAGAAAGAUAUGUAGCAGGCAGCGUAGGUCCGACAAAUCGUACUCUUUCGCUCUCUCCGUCAGUAGAAAGACCAGAUUUUCGCAACAUAACUUUCGAUGAACUGGUCGAGGCAUAUUCUGAACAAAUUAGAGGCCUCGUUGAUGGAGGAUGUGAUAUUUUACUCAUCGAAACCAUCUUUGACACAGCCAAUGCAAAAGCAGCCAUUUUUGCUGUCGAAAAAGUAAGCGAAAUGGAGGAUUAUUCUCACGUAAAAGAUAUUCCUGUUUUUAUAUCUGGCACAAUUGUAGACAAAAGUGGGAGGACAUUGUCUGGUCAAACAGUAGAAGCAUUUGCGAUCAGCAUUUCUCAUGGAAAACCUAUGUGCAUCGGAUUAAACUGCGCUCUCGGCGCCGCAGAAAUGCGACCUUUUGUUGAAGCUUUGAGUAAUUUCUCAGACAAAAGUAUCAUUUGUUACCCCAAUGCAGGCCUUCCUAACACUUUUGGGGGAUACGACGAAACACCUGAAAUGACAUCAAAAUAUUUAGCGGAGUUCGCUUCAUCAGGACUAGUUAAUAUUGUUGGAGGAUGUUGUGGAACGACACCGGCACAUAUAAAAGCAAUUGCAGACGUUGUGAGUGAAAUUCCGCCGAGAAAAAUAUCUAAAAACAUUGAUCGCACUUCCAUGUUCCUUUCUGGCCUUGAACCUGCAAUUUUGAACAAAUACACUAAUUUCGUUAAUAUUGGGGAACGGUGUAAUGUCGCUGGAUCACGUCGAUUUGCAAAAUUAAUCCAGAAAAAUAAUUACGAGGAAGCUGUAGAGGUUGCUAAGCAACAGGUUGCCAUGGGAGCACAAAUUCUGGAUAUCAACAUGGAUGACGGAAUGUUAGACGGAAAACGAGCAAUGGCGAGAUUUGUCAACCAGCUGAGUGCGGAACCAGAGGUCGCUAAAGUCCCUUUCUGUAUAGAUUCUUCGAACUUUGAAGUUAUUCUAUCGGGGUUAAAAUGCACGCAGGGGAAAUGCAUCGUCAACAGCAUUAGUCUCAAAGAAGGCGAAGAGGAUUUUAUCGCCAAGGCAACACUUGUGAAAAGAUUCGGAGCUGCUGUAGUGGUUAUGGCAUUUGACGAAAAAGGUCAAGCGACAGAAAUUCAAGAUAAAAUUCGAAUUUGUACUCGCUCGUAUAAUAUCCUUGUAAAAACAGUUGGUUUUAACCCUUGUGACAUCAUUUUUGACCCCAAUAUUUUGACCAUAGCUACGGGAAUGACAGAGCACGAUAAAUAUGCAAUAAAUUUCAUCGAAGCGACAAAAUUGAUAAAAGAACAUCUUCCUGGUGCACGAGUUAGUGGCGGCUUGUCAAAUUUAUCGUUUUCAUUUCGUGGAAUGGACGCAAUCAGAGAGGCAAUGCACUCAGUAUUUUUGUUUCACGCCAUAAAAUCAGGGAUGGACAUGGGAAUUGUCAAUGCUGGUAAUUUACCUGUCUAUGACGACAUUGAUGAAGAACUCCUUGAUCUUUGCGAAAAAUUAAUUUGGAAUAAAGACUCGGCUGGAACAGAAAAAUUACUAGUGUACGCUGAAACGAAAGGUCGUGGUGGCAAAAAGGUCAUUGAAACGGAAGAAUGGCGAACAUUUGAAGUAGAAAAACGUCUUGAACAUGCGCUUGUGAAAGGAAUAGAUAAAUAUGUCAUUGAAGACACGGAGGAGUGCAAAAAAAAUGUUGAACGAUAUCCAAGAGUGCUAAAUGUAAUUGAAGGUCCUCUAAUGAAAGGAAUGGGAAUCGUUGGUGACUUAUUCGGCGCAGGAAAAAUGUUUUUACCACAAGUUAUCAAAUCCGCAAGAGUGAUGAAAAAGUCCGUAGGGUAUUUGCUACCUUUUAUGGAAGAAGAGAAGAAAAGGUUAGCGGUGAACGGAGUCCAAAAUGGAGAGACUGAAGUCGAUGAUAAUAGUCAAUAUAAUGGAACAAUUGUCCUCGCUACCGUAAAAGGAGAUGUCCAUGACAUUGGAAAGAAUAUAGUUGGCGUCGUUUUGGGCUGCAACAACUUUAAAGUCAUUGAUCUAGGGGUCAUGACACCAUGCCAAAAAAUUCUUGACACUGCUAUUCAGAACAAGGCCGACAUUAUUGGGCUUUCGGGAUUGAUUACUCCAUCGUUAGACGAAAUGAUACACGUCGCAAAGGAAAUGGAACGUCAAAAUUUUAAACUUCCGUUACUGAUAGGUGGUGCUACAACAUCACAAGCUCAUACAGCAGUGAAAAUUUCUCCGAGGUAUAACCAGCCGGCUAUUCAUGUUCUUGACGCUUCAAAAAGCGUUGUUGUGUGUUCCUCACUUCUUAACGAGGAUUUGAAACCUGUCUAUGUGCAAGAAAUAGCUGAAGAGUAUGAAGACGUCCGCACAAACCAUUAUGAAAAUUUACUUGAUAGAGUAUAUCUAUCGUUGGAAAAAGCUAGAGAAAAUGGUCUCACUAUCGACUGGAAAAAGUGCCGUGAACCUACAACGCCUACAUUUAUUGGGACAAAAGAGUUUAUUGAUUUCAAUCUCGAAAUUGUGACUUCGUACAUCGACUGGAAACCGUUUUUCGACGUUUGGCAAUUACGAGGAAAAUAUCCAAAUCGAGCAUAUCCAAAAAUAUUUAAGGACAAGACAGUUGGGGAGGAAGCUAAAAAACUUUUUGACGACGCUCAAAAAUUGUUAGAUCGAAUUGUUCAAAGGAAGCUUCUGACUUUACAAGGUAUAGUUGGGUUCUACCCUGCUUGUUCAGAAGGAGACGAUAUUCAUGUAUUUGAAGAAGAUGCCAUGCCUCGACCUUUGAACCCAAGUGCGACAUUUUAUGGGCUACGGCAACAAGCAGAAAAAGACGAUGAAUCCAACGAACCGUAUUAUUGUUUGUCAGAUUUCAUUGCCUCACGUUCGUCGGGGGUGAAAGAUUAUCUUGGAUUUUUUGCUGUCGGUUGUUUCGGCGUUACUGGAAUGUGCGCUGAAUUUGAAAAAAAUAAUGAUGAUUUUAACAGUAUAAUGGCAAAAGCUAUUGCCGACCGACUAGCAGAAGCAUUCGCUGAAUAUCUACAUGAAGACGUGCGUAAAAAUUUAUGGGGGUACAGUGAAGAAGAACGUUUACAGGCGAAAGAACUACAUAAGAUUAAAUAUAAAGGGAUUCGACCAGCACCUGGAUACCCCAGCCAACCCGACCACACAGAAAAACUAACCAUGUGGAAUUUGAUGAACGUGGAUGAAAAAAUCGGUGUCAAAUUGACAGAAUCGCUUGCUAUGAACCCAGCCGCAUCCGUCUCUGGGUUGUACUUUGCGAACGAGCAUUCGAAUUAUUUUUCUGUCGGUAAAAUUGCCAAAGAUCAAGUCAAAAACUAUGCAACUAGGAAGAGAAUGUCAGUAACUGAAGUGGAAAAAUGGCUAGGCCCUAUUCUGUCUUAUGACGCCUAAAUUAUUUAGAAAAUUCUAUUUUAGUGCAAUUCAAUUCAACCUCAAUUUUUCCAGAAAGAAAUUGAAAUUAGCAGCAUUGGCUUAUGUAUAUUUUAAUAUGAUGAUGCUGACUGGUCACGCUUUAUGAAUUUCUCAGCCCGUUUCUAUCUUACGACGCCUGAAUUUUAUUAGAAAUUUAGGUGUUGUUGAUCUAUUUAGUGCAAUCUAAUUCAACUUAUUUUCUCAGGAAAAAUUGAAAAUAGCAGCAUUAUUGUAUGCAUAUAUAAAUGUUGAAAUUUCUGUCUGAAAAUAAUACCAUAAAAUAGGUGAUUGAGCUGAUAUCAAAACAUAAUUCUAAGCAAUUUAAAGCAGUUUAAAAUCGAAAAAUAAAUUUUUUCAAGAUUGAUAAAUUAUAGCCCGUAAUAAACCAUGUCAACAGCUUCCUUUAUGUAUUGAUUUGCAAUUUCCUUCUUUAUUCCUUGCUGGUUUAUAUUAAACCCUGAUGCCAGAUUAUUUUACAUCCGCAUUACACAUUAUUCUACAUCUUAAAAUGAUGAAUUUAUUGAAAGCCGACCCUACAAAUCGUAACAUGAUGUAUGAGUUGUAGCUGUUGGAAAUAAGUUAGCAUAAUGUCAUUUCGAUUGUGCGCUCAUAAGCCAAAAGAUUUGACGCAACGACCAAAUCAAAAAAUUACGUAUUUUUACGCAGUGCUUUUUAAACAAAAACUGACGAGUUCGGAUUUUUUUCGGGUAAAAAUUGGACUGUCGACAAGCGGGGCCAGGUUGUGGCCAUUGGACUGUGUUUUGCACAUUUUUAAACUAAAAUUAGCGGGAACCCUGGUUGUGUUUCCUUCGUAAUACUUUCUGCAAUCUAACAGUAUAUUUGCGAUAAUGCGAUUUUUUCUAUAUGGCUACCUUACUUUAUCUUAAAUGUGGGACAACUAAAAAAGUGUGACAAUUUUUGUUUUUAAAUUUCUAUUUUUUUCGUGUUUAAUAAUGGUACAAAUAUUUAUUUCUGCUAUUAUUUAUAAGUUAUAACUUUUUUUUUAAACCAAUGGCUUAGUUCAGCGGUUCCAAAACUUCUUGUUCGCGCAGCGUCAAAUUAAAAGGGAAGAAACUCAUGGCACACUUACAUGAAAAAAAUGGCUGCCUUCAAUAAAGUUGGAGUAUUGUUGAAAAAUGAUGCAUAAAUAAAUUUUUGUUUUUGAUUACCGUUAAAAUUAGUUGCUUUGACUGCUAGGUUUUAAAUAAGCCUGUCAGUGCAAUUUCCAAGAAGCCAUACCCUUAACUAUGAAACAAGGUUAUUCACCGAUAUAGUCAGGUCGAAUGAUAAUUCGACUCGAUCCCAGCUUUCGAAAUCUAUUUCUCUGAAAUCUAUUUAGUAUUUUCCUAGUGUUGAUGUUGCUGCUUUCUUGUAUCGCAAUAUGUUUCGCAUUUUUUGGUUUAAUUGUGCUAUUGAUUUUUUGCUAUUUUGUGCUGUUUGCUGGGGUGUAGCCAGGGAUUUUGAGGUUGGAACCCCCUCUACUUAUAAAUUGUAAAAAAAAGCAUUUCCUGCAUCAUGUAUAGCAAUUUUCCGUGACUUGAAACGAUGUUUCGUCCCUCAAGACUAUUGAAAACACAAGAUUUCUGGCCCCCGGUUGGACCUGGUAGCUGAUACGGUCUAACUUUUAAUUCCAAAUUUAACCCUUCCCUUAGCUUUCCUGGCUCUGCCCCCGGUUUUUGUGUCCUAAAUUAAACUGAAAAUUCUUUCUUAACGCUCUUUAUCUUGAGUUCCUUUACUGCUUAUUUUACCAAUUUAAAAUUCUUUCACGCCAAAUUAUUUUCAAUCUUGAUACUAAAAUAAUUGUUAUUUUAUGCAG